CAUCGUUGCUCCGUUUGCCUUCAUACUACAAACAACACUGUCGACGGUAUGGCUAAGGGCCUUCUACGUCUCCCACAAUGUCAACCAAAACUGCCUUGAAGGCUGCCAAGGCUGCUCUGGAUGCUGGAGAUCAGGACAAAGCCAUCGCCGAAGCACAAAAGGUGCUUUCAUCAGAUCCGCAGAAUUACUUUGCCCGCCUCUUCCUUGCUCGAGCAUAUGAGUUGCAGGGAAACCCCGACGAGGCGGCCAGUACAUACGACGCCGCUGCAAAAUCAAAGCCUGACGACAGCCAAGCAUGGCUCGGGUUGUGCAGCGUUUACGAGAGCCAAAAUUCGCAGCGCGUCGACGAAUAUCGUGAGGCGGUCAUCAAAGUCGCUCUCCUCUUCGCAAAAGCAGACGAUCUUCACCGUUCUCAGACCGCUAUCGAUAAAUUCAUCUCAUUCGCCAAGAAGCAUGGCUCAAAAGCUCAGUACAAGCGAGCCCUCAAGUGUCUUCUCCCCGGCACUCCGAUCUACGAAUACCUCGAAGGCCGACUACCUCAUCCCUCGCAGACCUACAUUCGACUGGCGGAUAUGACCGAAACCGAGGAAGCGCAAAGGAUUAAGCAGGAAAUCGCAAACCGUCGCACCAGAAUAGGCGCCAAACUGGGCCAGGUUACCACAGAUGUCAAACGUGAAGUCUACUCCGAGAGCAACCUGUCACGGAUAUAUCAAGACAUCAUCGACUGGACCACCGCAGAUGAUGUGCGGCGGCAGUACGAGGAGAAGCUGCUCGAACGCGCGUACGACAUUCUGGUCAACUGUCCGCCGGAAGCGAAGGCCAAUCAACUUGACACCGUCUUGACCCUCGCGGAAGGCAUGGUCAUCAUCCACCACGAGUUCAAACUGGCAUGGGACCUUGUGCUGGAAUCGCGAGAUCUUGGCGACUUACAGCAACUGGACAGCAAUGUCUUGUAUGAGUACACAGCGCUGUUUCCGUCUUCUGGGCUGGGAAAGGUUCUCGAAGGCUGGCUCACCAGCGAGAUCUCUCCGUUUCCGAUCCAAGAGCAGUCAAAGGACGGAGAUGAGAUUGCAAAACCACUCGCACCCGAGGAUCGAUUGUUGGUCAUGACCGAAGGACUUGCCGAAACUGAGGCUUCUCCAUUGGCCCACCGACUCGUGGCUCAUUACCUGUUGCACCUCGAGGAGCACGAGAGCGCCGCCGAUACCUCCCGAAAAGGGCUACAGGCGGUCGCCACCGAAUCUUUGAAGAUGGGGCUGAGUAUGCAGAAUACCAAAGAUGCCUUGAACAGUGUCCUCGCCACAUCGCUCGUCUACCAUCAGGCACCACGACACCACGUUGAGGCGCGCAGACUCUUUGAAGACAUUCUGCAGCGAAAGCCAAAAUGGACGCCAGCACUCAUCGGCCUCGGCCUCAUCCUCGAAGAGAAUGAAGAAUAUGAUCGUGCAAUUGAUUUCCUUUCGCAAGCGCACAGAGAAGAGCCAAGUAACGUGCAAGUCGGCACAGAACUUGCAUGGUGUCGUGCACAAAAUGGCAGCUAUGCAGAAGCACAGCAAGAGCUCGAGGCUUAUCUUCCAGAUCUCAGCGCGAACAAUCCUCGAAGUCGAGAACUACGAGCACAAGUAUUGUAUCGGAUCGGAGUGUGCAUCUGGCAGCUCGAUAGCUCCAAGACCGCACGCAAAAGUCGGACAGGAGCGUAUGCCUCCUUCCUCUCUGCCAUCAAGACAAAUGCCAACUUUGCCCCGGCAUACACGAGCUUGGGAAUCUACUACACCGACUACUCCAAAGACCGCAAGCGAGGUCGCCAAUGCUUUCAAAAAGCGUUUGAACUGUCGCCAAACGAGACGGUAGCUGCAGAGCGACUUGCUCAAUCUUUCGCAGAUCAAGGCGACUGGGAGAUUGUAGAGGUCAUUGCGCAGCGUGUGGUCGACACUGGCAGAGCGAAGCCGCCGCCUGGAUCUAAGAGAAAAGGGCUGAGCUGGCCGUACUCAGCGCUUGGUGUGGUCCAGAUGAACCGGCAGGAAUAUCAGUUGGCCAUCACCUCUUUCCUAGCCGCUCUCCGAAUCAACCCGGAUGACUAUCAGUCAUAUGUUGGAUUGGGAGAGAGCUAUCAUAACUCGGGGCGAUACAACUCGGCUUUGCGUACCUUCAAUCACGCCCUGAAUCUCCGCGGACAGGAUGGAGUGUCCCUUGCCGGCGAAACGUGGUUUGCAGAGUACAUGCUGGCGAACGUCUACCGUGAGCUCGGCGAGUACGACGAAGCUAUUACCGGCUUGCGCAAUGUUUUGAAGCCUCGACCACACGAGUUUGGAGUCUUGACCUCGCUUCUGCAGACUCUGGUGGAGAAGGCCUGGAGAUGUCUCGAGACGGGCUUGUUCGGCCAAGCGAUUGCGGAGUCUCGUAAUGCGAUUCACAUUGCCGUGGAUAUCGUUUCGGAGCAUCCCUCAUCUUUCAACAUGUGGAAGGCUGUGGGUGACGCUUGCGUGGUCUUUUCCUGGGUGCAGUCUGAUGAUGCGAAGUUUCCGACUGAUGAGCUACGCCAGCUCCUGCACAUCAGCUUGGAUGACUCGUCGUUUCGUGCCCUUGCAGAGGUCGACUCCGUGACGCUGAAGACCUUCGCGACUGACGGUGACGAGAAACAGACUUCCAAUCUGAGCGCAGCCAUCGUUGCCGGUAUUCUCGCGUUCAAACGUGCCAUUGAUUGCUGCACGCAUGACCCUCAUGCCCAAGCGGUUGCUUGGUACAACCUGGGUUGGGCGGAACAACGCGCGUACAGCUACAGCACAGCAUCUUCCGGAAGGCAAUACCUGAAAGCAGCGGUACGUUGUUUCAAACGAGCCAUCGAACUGGAAGCCGGUAACUCCGAGUUUUGGAAUGCUCUGGGAGUCGUCACGAGUAGCCUGAAUCCAAAGGUGGCGCAGCAUUCGCUCAUCCGCUCGCUUCAUCUCAACGAAAUGAACGCGAGAGUGUGGACGAACCUCGGCGUGCUAUACCUGUCGCAAAAUGAUCAUGAGCUCGCGCACCAAGCCUUUGGUCGCGCGCAGUCCACCGACCCUACCUACGCCCACGCAUGGCUGGGCGAAGGGCUCAUCGCUCUCUUGCUCGGUGAUUCGCACGAGGCUCUCAGCCACUUCACCCAUGCACUUGAAAUCGCCGAAUCGUCCUCUCUCAUCACGAAGCGGCAGUAUGCCGUUUCGAUCUUUGAUCAUCUUCUGGCAACUCCGACGGCAUCCAACGACCUGACCACGCUGAUCCAGCCCAUAUUCGCGCUCGAGCAGCUCUCGCGACAGGCACCCGCCGAUUUGCCUUACAAGCAUUUGUCUGCACUCUUCCUCGAACGGGUGGGCAACCACGAAGCUGCCACAGCAGCCCUCACAUCACUCUGCAUUGAGGCAGAAGCCGAGUACGAAGUGAACGAGUCGUUGCCUUCCCUUGCUCGAUUCGCCCAUGCCAAAUGCGAUCUCGCACGCAAUCUGCUUGCUACAGGCGACUUCGAAGCCGCAGCGGACAACGCAGAGACGGCGCUCGACCUCAGCGCCGAUGCCGAAAACAGCGGACUGGAAGCUUCAGCUCGGACGAAGCUUCGCCUGUCUGCGCAUCUCACGGCUGGCUCGGCCUUUCAUUACCUGCAGAAGCACAAAGACGCCAUUGGCAUGUUCCGUUCGGCGAUUCAGGAAAGCAACGCGGACCCCGAUGUGGUGUGUUCGCUGGUGCAGAUUCUAUGGGCACACGGCGGAGAGGACGAGAAGACUGUCGCGCGCGAACAACUCUUUGAAUGCGUGGAGAGCUGGCCCGAGCAUGUGAGGAGUGUGACCCUCCUCGGCGCCAUCUCCGCUCUGGAAGAUGAUGCAGAGUCGAUGGCUGCCGUUGAGGAUGACCUGGUGACGUUACGCACGAAGCAUGGUCUGACUAUGAGCGAACGCGGAGAGAUCGAGAACUUGCUGGCAGCAUGCGCAGCGCUUUCCGUCGAUUCUCCGGCUGACGGCGAUGUCAGGGCUCUGGCGGAAGCGCAAGCUGCCAUUGCUUUGCACCCGGAUGGCACGCAUGCUUGGAGCAAGCUGGCUGAGCUCAGUGGCGAUGUGUAUGCGAGCAGGAUGGCUUUGAAGACGGCGCAGAAGACCGUUCCACCAUGGGGAGAUGUGCAGGCAGAGGGGCUUGCGACGGCAUUUGCCGGCGUGGGAACGAUCAGUGAUGCGCAAAGGAGCUUGGUUCUUGCGCCAUGGUUGCGGGACGGAAGGGAUGCCUUGCAUGAAGCGCUAUCCGGUAGUAUUUGAUGGGGUGUGGAGUAGAUAUGAGAAGCAAUGAAGUGAGUGUA